AAGGUGGACACCAUUGAUGCAGCUGUUAAACGAAUUCUUGAUGAACUCAAAAACACUCGAAGCAGAGAGAAUGCCAUCUACUUUGAUGGCUGGGAUGGGCUUGGUGCGUCUGCCGUCCUGCGAGCCGUGGCCCAACGGCUGGCACCAAAUGAACAAACAAGGCCCCCAGGACUGGAGUUUGAGCAAGUCAUCCACAUUGACUCCUCAAAGUGGGAGAGCAGAAGAGCGGUGCAGAGGGAAAUCUCAGAGCAGCUGAAGCUUCCCGGUUGGGUGAGGAAGAUGUUUGACAAGCAAGACGAUGAUGAUGAUUUCAGUGGUAUUGCUGAAGGUUCUCGGACUGAGAUAGCAGAAGUCACGGCAGAGAUCCAUAGGAGCAUGCAGAGCCGCAGGUUUCUGCUCGUUCUUCACAAUGGAAGCAGCGAGGUGAUUGACACAUUUAACCUCGGUCUUUCCCUAUAUGGAUACUUGAGUGGCAAGAUGCUUUGGACCUUCCAAGGGAGGUUCCGGCUCGACCCCAAGCUGCGAGACAAGGUUGUGACGAAGAACACAACAGAUGUUCUUCUCUCAGCUUCCCGCUCUGAGCGAGACCCACAAGAUCUCUGGUCCUAUCUGGUGCGUGAAGAGGCUACACAAGUUUGCUGCAAGCAUGGCCUGGAUCCUGCAACUGUUGCUGAGUGCUUCUCAUACACGUUGGAACGGAGUUACAUGAGCCAAAAUAUCAUUGACUAUGACUGGACUCUCCAUGCUCCCAGCUUCUGGAUGUGUGAUGGGAUCAUACAACAUCAGACACAUGGCAUUCAUGAGGCGUGGCAGGUGGCUCAUGCUCUGCACCAAGAAAUGAAAGUGUGUGUUAACAAGUUGUCUCGACACACAAGGAAGAAGGAGGAUAUUCAUACUUCUCACAUGAUAAGGUCUGCUGGCCACCGGCCAUACUGGAUUUCAACGGAAACUUGUGGUUUUGUACUCAAUCCGGGCGGGCUUUUCCAUAACAAUAUGUUUCAGAAUCCAGACCAUAUCGGUGUGCUGAAACUGUCAUCGUGUGCCUUCAGUUUCUCAUCGCCCCCAUUCCUGUGCUGCCACCGUCUUCGAUUUCUGUGGCUUGACCGUUGUCAGGACCUGCAAAGAAGCAAAGAUUCGCAAGAGGAGAAGGACACUACCAGGUCAUGGACAUGCUUCCAAACCUUGUGGAUGCUUGACCUGCGCUACAUGGACUGGUCUUGGAUCUUGUCUGCAGAUACGAUGACCCAGCUGAUAGAACUAAACAUAAUGGGAGCCGAGGACUGGGACAUGAGCCGUCUACGGGGACGGCUGCGUAACAUUCGCAAACUCCGGAUAACAAAUUCGACCUGCCUCAAUUACGACAGUAACUUGUUAUCCGAGAUGGAACAGAUGGAGAUUCUUGAAUUUUCUGGAAAUGACAUUACGCAAAGCGGGACGUCAAGCUUGACCCUUUGCAGUGCAGAAAGAAGAGGGAGUGGACUUCAGACUGUCAUUGUUGAUGGAUCGUUUGGGCUAAAAAAGAUCUCGCUGCAGGGUUGUGAUCAGCUGAAGAGUGUCUUGUUGAGAGGACUACUGAUGGCGAGAUUGGAGGAGUUGGACCUGUCGGGUACAACAUUGCAGACAAUUGACCUCCGUGGAAUAAGGCAUGUUCCCAGGCGGCUCCUUCUAGUAGGCUGCCAGAAACUCCGUGCAAUACUGUGGCCACCAAAGGUCUAUGGAGGAUAUUUGGAUGUGCUGCAUAUUGACACCACCUCCCGAUCAGCAUCAGAUACCAGAGUGGAAGAAUACUUGGCUGAUGCUGCUUCUGCGAGGUCAUCAUCAGUACUACUAUACGAGGACCAAGCACUGCAUGCUCAUCCUCAUAUCCAUGAAUCCCUUAAAGAGCAGAAAGGAAGACAGUUUAAUAGAUGGCGAAUUUCUCUUACUGAUGCAAGGCUCCUCAGGUCACUUUUGCCCUUGAUGAAUUCUUUUAGUAGAUCUGACUCCUACGUUCAAGACAGGAUUGAUGGAUCUGUACAUAUUGAUAUCUGUUCGGCAGAUUCUCUGGGUGGUAGGAUCGUCCAAGGAACCAGGAGCAGCAGCCGCAGCGAACAAAUGCUAUCCCAACCGCAUGGAAGUACUUUGGUGGACUUAAAGUACAAAGAUGCCUUUGAGAAGACCGGCCUGUCUCAUAGUUAUGAUGAUUGUGGUAAUGGACCAACCCCAUCUGCGGUGAUGAUGAUGUGGGAUUGCCCCAAGAUAGAGAUUCCCAUUACGUACCAGACAUGUAUGAUAGAGAUGAUGGUGGACGAACAGUGCAGUGAACUCACCGAGGAUGCUCAAAUUACUAUCAAUAGUGGUUUAUCAUCUCUGCAUUUUCCUGAUCCUAUAUAUUCUUAUGUUACAUCGUUGCACGUGUACGAUAGCUCCACCAUCACCAAUAUCUAUGCACCUGAGUGGACAUUUGGAACAAUGCCUCGGCUAAGAUGGUGCCGGGUCGAGAGGUGCCCCAAGAUACACACGGUCUUUCACACUCCCAAGAGAAAGUGGGUGUCUGGCCAGAGAAUUUCGGGGUCCCAGUUUGAGUGGCUUCGUACAUUUUGGGCGUCCCAGCUCCUAACUGCACGCUACAUCGGGUGCCGGCCUAGUACAAAAUCUUAUUCUGAUGAAAAGUCCUUUGAUAACCUGAAGCUCUUGCAUCUGGACUUCUGCCCAAGUCUCAUACAUGUGCUCCCCAUACAAGUGUUUGAAAUGCAAAUCCUGCAUCAACUGGAGACCAUUGAGAUCAUAUGCUGUGGGGAUCUCAGGGAGAUAUUCCCAUUAUAUUCCCGGUAUGAGAACCAAGAAGAGAAGACAAUAGUAUUCCUCAUGUUGAAGCACAUCCAUCUGUGCGAACUACCAAAGCUGGAGUGCAUCUGCUGCGGGCUCAGCGUGGCUGCUCCCAUGCUUGAAACUGUCAAGAUCAGGGGCUGCUGGAGCCUCAAGCGCCUGCCGGCUGUUGGUGACGACAGCAAGCACCCGAAGGUGGACUGCGAGAAGGAUUGGUGGGACGGCCUAGAGUGGGAUGGAUUGGAGGCCAAACACCACCCUUCCCUGUACGAGCCGGUCCACUCGGCUUACUACAAAAACCAGCUGCCUAGAGUCUCUCUCCUGAGGUGA